CACACAGAGGAAGGAGGAGGAGGAGGAGGAGGGAGGAGGAGAAAAUGGGCAAAGGGAGCAGCUCCUCGUCGGCUUCCUCAUCGACAGCUUCGUCCCUGUCUCGGCGUCUCAAGAAACGCCUCACCACAGAUCUCAACCUCGCGAUCGGAUUCUCGCCAGCUUCUGACCAAGAUCACAAUCACCCUUUUUCUCCAAAGGAGGCUAUUGAAGAAGAAGGAGAUGAAUGUGGCAACGCGGCUACCUUCUACGUGAAGGUUUACAUGGAGGGCAUUCCCAUCGGUAGGAAAUUGGACCUGCUGGCUCAUGAUGGAUAUUGUGACUUGAUCAGAACUCUAGAUUACAUGUUCAACACCAAUAUCAUGUGGUCAGAAGAGGAAGGAGCUCAAUGUGGAGGGUGCCAUGUGUUGUUAUAUGAAGACAAGGAAGGGGACUGGUUGAUGGUUGGGGAUGUUCCUUGGGAGAUGUUCCUGUCAAGUGUGAAGAGACUGAAGAUCACAAGAAUCGAGUGAUUUUGCAAGACGUUCCUGUUCAUCCACCAUAAGACAAAUUUUGCUUUCUCUCUCUCUCUCUCUGCCUCUCGGCAUCUCCUUUUGCAGAGCAAUGUGAAGAUGAGUUGUCCAUGGAUGUGCCCCUUCUUUUUGGGCCGAAGUCACACACACGUGCUUAAAAGCCUGAUGAUAGUUCUGUGUAUAUAAAUCACACCCAAUGAUAUGACAACAGUCAACAAGAGUUUCUUCUCUCUUUUCCUA